CACAAUCUAGCGCAAUCAAGCCAUCGUUUGGUUCUCCAGAAAUAGUGACUCAAAAAAACAAUUCAAAUCACAUGACCAAUGUUAAGACCAUAUUUGGUUCUCCUGAUAGUUUGGCAUCAUCUUACCAUGACACAGCACAAGGAACUCAAGGCUCAGUAGCCAAAGUCUUUAAAGCUGCAAAGAAACAGUGUGUUAUGUCUUCAAGAGCUGCUACAUUGAAUGAAAGAGUACAACCAAUCACAACGAAGACAUCUGCUGUAACAACACCCCAACAUCCAAUAGCUCCAUCUAUACAGUGCAUUAACAAAGUGUCCAAAACCACUCAUAUACCAACUUCUAACACUAUCAUUUCAAAUCAAUUCAAAAUUCCUAACAUUUCCAAACCAAACCUGCCACAAGCUACGCCUGUUACCAUGACAACACAGAAUGACAUCAUAAUAAUGGAAGAACCUGGGAUUACUCCUUUUAGUAAAGUUGGGCAGAAGAUAGAUGGCAGCAAGCGCUCUAAUUCAAAUUCAAAGUUGUACCCUGAUCUACAAGAGUUGUUAAAGUAUGAGGUCAUUUCCAAAGGAC